AUGGAACGCCACGCGCUCCAAAUCGUGCUGCUCGCUUUCCUCCUGGCUGCCGCGGUGCCCUGCGCCGCGUCUGAGGCCUCUGGAUCAGAGCCUGAGCCAGAUUUUACCGUUACCAUUAGCAAAGAGGGAAUUACAGAAAACAGCCAACGGGAGUUCUCGCUCGGCCCUUCCGCCACUCUCCGUGUUGUCGACGAGACUGGCAAAGCGACUCUCCUGCCGGCACCGACCACCGCCGGCGACAGUGAGGCGGGGCAGUACAGCGUCGCGUACGUGUUUGAGAACGGGCAGUGCAACUUCGAAAAAACAGUCGCAUACAAGGACGCUUUCCCCGGCUAUUCGGAAGAAUUAUGGGUCCGCACCGGAACUGAGACUAGCACCAGGGAUGAGGGUACAGGAGAAGGUGGGAACUACACAUUUACGAAUCCUCCUGAUGAGUAUUUGAGUGGAGGGGUGAGUUUCUGCGUGAGGUUCACGACGGCGACAAGCACAGCGACGCCGACGCCGUCUCCGUCAUCACCGGGGACAAGUGCAGCACCAGGGUCAACCGCGGCUUCCGGUGGCGGCGGUGCCGUGUCUGGCAGUCAAGGCGAGUUGGGUGAAAUGUCUGAGGAUGAUCCCAAAAAGCCAGGCUCCACGGGGCCAGGUACGUCUGAGAGCCUGCAAGAAUCGGAUGGAGAACAAACUGUCGUAAAGGAAAACGAAGACACUCAUGUUGCAACUCCAGCAAGAGAACAACAAGACGGAAAAACAGAACCAGUUUCGCCCGCAUUGGAGCCCAUGACAGACUCCUCGGAGACGGAGAGAAUCACGGUGGAAACAGAUCCCGUAAGUGAUGUUAAUUACCAGGCCACUGAUGGUGAUGGCCACGCUCGCUUGAGACGGCUUUCAGACUCAGAUGCUUCAGAAGUGAAAUACUUAACGAUCGUCGUGCACUCCGCUGCUUGUGGUUCUACGGCCGCAGCACUGGCAAUGUCAGCUGCUCUGCUGGUGAUGACAGUCAUACUCCAGUACACUGUUUAA